UGUAUCUAUUUCUACCGUCUGUCUCCAAACCCUAGGUAGUAGCAGCAUCUAUUGCUAGUUUCUCUCAGCGCCUCUUCCAAACUAAAAUGAAGGUUGUCGCCGCUUACUUGCUCGCCGUUCUCGGUGGCAACACCUGCCCUACCGCCGAGGAUUUGAAAAACAUCCUUGGAUCUGUUGGCGCUGAUGCUGACGAUGACAGGAUCGAGUUGCUGUUGUCCAGUGUGAAAGGAAAGGACAUCACUGAGCUGAUUGCUUCCGGCAGGGAAAAGUUGGCUUCCGUUCCAUCCGGUGGUGGUGUUGCUGUUUCUGCCGGUGCUGCUCCUGCUGCUGCUGGUGGUGCUGCUCCUGCUGCUGAGGCUAAGAAAGAGGAGAAGGUUGAAGAGAAAGAGGAGUCUGAUGAUGAUAUGGGCUUCAGCCUGUUCGAUUAAGAGAUUUAGUUUCGAAGAGGUCUUCUUUUGCAUAAGUUUUUUAUUUGUAGUUUGCUAUUAUGAUUUUAAGACCUUGUUUUGGGCUCGAACGAUUUUUGGAUUUUAGAUAAUGGAAUGUUUAAAUGUUUUUAAUAUAAUUGUUAAUUUUGGAUUA